AUGUGGCCCCCAAGGAUGACGUGGCUGCUGCUGACCCUGGCCAGUGCAUUGCAGGCAGCCCUGUCUCUGCGAAUAGCCGCCUUCAACAUCCAGACUUUUGGGGAGACCAAGAUGUCCAAUGCCACCCUCUCGAGCUACAUUGUGCAGAUCCUGAGUCGCUAUGACAUCGCUGUGGUGCAGGAGGUCAGGGACAGCCAUCUGACAGCUGUGGGGAAGCUGUUGGACAACCUCAAUGAGCACACGGUGCACACCUUCCACUUCGUGGUGAGCGAGCCGCUGGGACGCAGCAGCUACAAGGAGCGCUACCUCUUCCUGUUCAGGGCUGACCAGGUGUCUGUGCUGGACAGCUACCAGUACGAUGAUGGCUGUGAACCCUGUGGGAACGACACCUUUGCCCGGGAGCCGGCUGUCGUCUGGUUCUCCUCGCCCUUCACUGAGGCCAGAGAGUUUGCCAUUGUUCCCUUGCAUGCGGCCCCACUGGACGCGGUGGCCGAGAUGGACGCACUCUAUGACGUCUACCUGGAUGUGCAGAAGAGGUGGGGCCUGGAGGACGUCAUACUAAUGGGUGACUUCAAUGCUGGCUGCAGCUACGUCAGCCCUUCCCACUGGGCAUCUAUCCGCCUGCGCACCAGCCCCACCUUCCAGUGGCUGAUUCCUGACACAGCGGACACCACAGUCAAGUCCACACACUGUGCCUACGACAGGAUUGUGGUCGCGGGAGCAGCCCUCCAGGGCACUGUCGUCCCCAACUCAGCUACGCCUUUUGACUUCCAGGCUGCUUAUGGACUGAGUGACGGGCUGGCCCAGGCCAUCAGUGACCACUACCCCGUGGAGGUGAGCCUGAAGUGA